AUGUGCCACGAAGAGAUUGCAGCUAAUGGCUGGACCAGCAUGCCAGUCAACGCUGGUGCCAUCUUCGGCGACCGGCCUUUCAUCAACCAACCAGGGUCUCUAUCUCUCAGUGACAUCAAGUUUCCAUUCGAUGACCCCACGGUCGCAAGAACUCUGAAGUAUGCAAAGGAGACCCUGCACCCCAAAACCUUCAAUCAUUCGAUGAGAGUCUACUUCUAUGGAAUGGCAAUCAGCAAGCAGCAGUUCCCUGAGCAAGCUGCUGCUUUAAGCCCAGUGACAUGGGCUUUGACAUGUCUACUACACGAUCUCGGUACGGCUGAGGAAAAUCUGACAGCAACCCGAAUGUCCUUCGAUAUCUACGGCGGUAUCAAAGCUCUCUAUGUUCUCAAGGACUUUGGUGCCAGCACGGAUCAGGCCGAAGCAGCUGCCGAGGCAAUCAUCCGACACCAGGAUCUGGGAGUUGAUGGAACCAUCACGUUCAUCGGCCAACUCAUUCAGCUGGCUACCAUUUACGACAACGUCGGUUCCCAUCCCCACGUCAAGGAUUUCGGUGAAAUCAUCCACGAAACCACUCAUGCCGCAAUCAAUGAGGCUUAUCCGCGUAACGAGUGGUGUUCACUCUUUGCGAGCAUCAUUCGUAAAGAGGAGGAAAUCAAGCCCUGGUGCCAUUCUACCCAUAUUGUCAACUUCGACAAGGAGAUCGAGGCCAACACCCUCAUGAAGAAGUGGGAAUGA